AUGACGGAAUCGGAUUUCGAACCAUUCAAGCUCGAAAUUGAGCGUCUGUACAUCCAUGAUAACAAAUCCUUGACCUCCGUGAUGGAAUACAUGACGUCUAAAUACUCUUUUGCCAAAUCCCCAGGUCAGUACAGCCGGCAACUCAAGAAAUGGGGGUUUGUCAAGGGUCACAUCAAGGCGGACGAGUGGAUUUGGAUCGGAAACAAGCUGAACAAGAGAAAACUCAACGACAAUAAGAAAAGCGAAUUCCACAUUGGUGGAAAGGAGAUUCACGUGCCAAAGCUCAAGAAGGCAAAAUAUAGAGAUGCCUAUGUUUCGAGCGUAGCUAGGUUCACUACUGCUCCUUCCCCGAAAACCCCAGAAGGGUUCUUUGUUUACACCCCACCAUCGGUGGGCAUGGAUCUUACAUGGAAUCGGUCACUCCCAUGGCUGCGCUUCAUCAAACUUGUGCGCCCUAUCGAGAAUGAAGAAGUACUAUCGCCAUCCUCGUCCCUGACCGUCUGUUCCCCUCGUGGUGCUGAUGCGCUCUCUAUCACCGUCAACCACGAACUGAUGCAUCGAUUGAGCACAAUCAUACCAUGGAAUAAACUAUGUCAUCCUCCGAAUAUACGUAGUAGCUCUCGAACAUCGGCAGCUUUGAGCAUACUUAUGCCAGAGGAGUUUCCGGGUCAGCACGAUGAUUUGUCGAUGAACCUGAGUAGUUCUACAAACAAGGGAAGAGAUCGCAUGGCCUUGGAGCUCUUUCUUCUUUCAAACAACAUCACCUCACAAGAUCCAGGGGGGCGGACUGCGAGCAAUAUCAGAUCAGAUGAUGAGAGGGUGAUGCGAAUAUUGAGCGAUUAUGGUUGGAAGAACUUGGAACACAUUCAGAUCCUUCUAUCGACUCGCGAGCCAACUGCUGAAGCUAUUGCGGAAAAGAUCUUUGCAAGUGCAUUGAGACUACACGAUGUGGACGCGGUGAAGAUGAUGCUUGAGGCCCACAUGAAUCCAAACAACCCAUUGAUUGAGUCAAUCUCUGGUGAUAUCUUGACACCUCUCCAAUUUAUUGCAGGAAGCCACCAUGAACACAGCGAGGAACUUGUCAACCUUCUUAUAUCCUAUGGGGCGGAUGUAAAUCACUCGUGCAAUGAGAAUCCACCUCUGUUUUAUGCCAUCAACGAACAUGAUAACAGAACCAUCUGUGCUCUUAUGUUUCAUGGUGCUAUUGUAACGCCAUCAUGUCUUUGUGCUGCCACACAUUUGAAGGAUAUCGGAGUCUUCUCAGACAUUGCUGAUUCCUGUUCUGAUGUGAACGCACGAACCGGAUGGCAGGACUUUGGUGCUCUUGCUGAGGCUGUCAAACAUGGGAAUGUUCUCAUGAUUGAAAUUUUACUCUUCAAAGGUGCCAAUAUGAAUGAUCUGGUCACUGUCGAUUUCGAGGAUGAUGUUGCGACGACCACUAUCUUGGGCCUUGGCGUUCGUACACAAUCUAUCGAGGUUGUACGUGCCUUGUUGUGGGACUGCUAUGACCUGAAUCCAGACUUCGAUGGCCUGCCUUAUAUUUCGCCCGUUGUACUAGCGGUGCAAAUAGGGAGUUUUCAAAUUACUCAGGCUCUACUCGAAGCUGGAGUCAAUAUCAACCUCGCCGACAAGCAAGGGAAAAUGACACUACUUGAACGUGCCACUGAACAGGGCUUUUCAACAACGUUGGAACUGUGGAGAGUGUUGAUUGAAUAUGGGGCCCAAGUUGACAGACCAGCUUCUGGUCAGGAAUUUGAAUCCUCAGCUCUUCUCGUUGCGAUUCAGCGAAAUUCGUCCGAAGUUGUUGAGCUCUUAAUAAACGCAGGCGCACGCCUCAAUGAUGAAUACACGAAGGCCCCUUACACUGCGCUUGGAGCCGCCAUUGAACAGGGCAACCAAGUGUUGAUUGAUAGGCUCAUGGCUGCUGGAGCUACGCUUGUGGGAACCAAACUAGCAACGAUUGGCAGCUUAUGCACUGCAAUGUUCCUGGAGCAAAAUGGAGUUCUUCAAGGCAUUCUGAGGGUAUCAGGCCCCGGAAUCCUUGCUGCUGCUUUAUCUGCGAAGAAGGCCAAUCUAGUUCAGUACUUGCUUGAACAUAAUGCUGAUAAUGGAGAUCGGAUGGAGAAUGAAGUUUCUACCCCGUCUAAACAAACCCCAUUGGAAGCAGCAAUACGAGCGCAGGAUUUUAUUUUUGCAGAAAAUCUUUUGGAACGGGGGGCAAAUGUUACAGAUCGUGUUCUUGCAGAUGCUAUACGCACAGAUCCUGUAUAUUUGGAGCACUUGCUGGCUAGAUUCUGCGGAAGUGCCCCAACUGCAGUAGGAACCGCAGUCUCCCAUGGUACAACCUCCCUACAACUGCUUCAAGUGCUUCAAGGGGCAGGAGUGGACCCCACUGGCGUACCACAAAUGUUCCAGAAUCAUUGGAAUUUGGAUGAUUUUCAACUGCCACCACCAGAGUCAGUACUCGAAAUAGCGGUGGUCGUGGCGUCUAGGAAGAAUCUACAGUUCCUGCUCCAAUGGACGUCCUGGAGUCCAAGGCUGAUCGGUCGUGCUUUGACAUUUGCGAUACUCUUGCAUCUGAAUGAGCUCGUGGAGGAUAUACUGCCUUUCAAUCCCGAUCUGACCCAGGAGAUUACCAUCCAGUACUUCUCUGGCACAAACGAAUUUGGACCAGUCAGAGGAGAGCAAGAAACAUAUCGCCCCCUCGAAGCCGCAGUCGAUAGACAAAUGGUCCCGAUCGCGCGCACAUUGAUGGGAAAAAUCGAUGUCAACUAUCUUGGCCGUGGGGCUCGCCGUCGAACGGCAUUGCAAUAUGCCGUUGAAAGAGGAAACAUGGAGCUUGUCAACCUCCUAAUUUUGGAGCAUGGCGCCAGGAUUGAUAGCCCUCCCGCCACGGAUGGAGGUGCCACUGCAUUGCAGAUUGCAUGUCUCAAAGGCUACAUUGGUAUUACAAAGAGACUACUCGACCUAGGAGCAGAUGUCAAUGAAGCUCCCGCAAAAUACAAUGGACGUACCUCACUGCAGGGAGCAGCAGAGCACGGUCGAAUUGAUAUGCUACAAAUUCUGCUCGAUGAAGGAGCGUUGAUUGUCGGUGAAGGCGAACCGCAGUAUCACAAAGCUGUUGAGCUUGCGGAACGCAAUGGACAUUAUGCUGCUGCGAGGCUGCUGAGGUCUUGGAGGGACUCUGUCUAUUGGAGCCCAUCAGCGGUGGAAGAAUGA